CUUUUUUCAUAUGAACAUGACGAUUGUUCUAUCCCACGACAUGUGAUGGGCUGAAGGCCUACUCGUAUCGAAAUGGGUGAGCAAGAUAUCUCAUAUUCGUGACCGGCCCCUAUGCUCUUCUGUUACGAAUUUCUUAGGGAAGCUAAGGCCUGGAAUAACUUUGACAAGGCGCCCUGCUCGAUUUCGAAUUCAUCAUAUACCUGCCUCCGUAGAUACUCGGUCUCAGAACAGACAAUAUAUCAACACGGAUAAACUAACUGCAAUGCAAGACGGAAUCAGAAGUGCGGAGCACACAGUGAAUGGGAUGAACGGAGUGCACGAUGGUCCAAAUGGGGGCUCGCCCUACAAUGGAAUUCCGUCCGGAAAGCCUCAAGCUCACUCCGCUAACGGAGCUGAUAGGGGACCACAAUCCCAAAGUCGUUUCCCCCGUAUCUCGAUGCCAGUAGAGCUCAUGCGAGACUCCUACGAUGUGGUGGCCAUUGGUUCAGGGUAUGGAGGGGGCGUGGCCGCCAGUCGAAUGGCCAGAGGAGGGCAGAGCGUCUGCGUCCUCGAGCGGGGGAGGGAGAGAUGGCCUGGUGAGUUCCCUGAAAAACUGGAGGAUGCGGUGGAGGAGCUUCACGUAAGCGGUCAAUUCGCUCCCGGCGACAGAAGAAGUAUCCCUGGAGCUAUGGUUGACGCGGGGAACCCAAAUGGCCUAUACCACUUCGUGGUAGGCGAAGGCCAGAACGUAUAUAUGGGUAACGGUCUCGGUGGCACCAGCCUUCUGAAUGCCAAUGUGUUCCUUGAAGCCCAUCGCAAAGUGCUGGAAAUGGGAGUCUGGCCAGAGGAAUUGAGAGGACACGAAGCAUGGGAAAAGUAUUAUGACCGCGCAAGGAGCGUUCUGGAACCUGCCAAGUACCCUCCGACUUUCCCAAAGCUUCUCAAAGCCGACCUUCUCAGAAGGCAAUCGGAGCUCAUGAGCUGGGGCGAUAAAUUCUACCGUGUUCCGCAAACAACUCGGUUUGAGGACGGCCCCAACUCUACGGGAGUCCACAUGCAGGCGUCACAGCUGACGGGAAUGGAUGCGACUGGUGUCAACGACGGCAGCAAGUCUACAACGCUUGUGAACUAUCUCAGUGAUGCAUGGAAUUGGGGUGCCGAGAUCUUCUGUAAUUGCGAGGUCAGAUAUGUUGCCAAGGCCCCCGAUCGUGAAGGAUACAUUAUAUAUUUCGCGUGGCGCUCCUGUGGACGAGACCGUUUCAGCACUUUCUUUGACGACCUUAUGUGGGUGCAUGCAAGAAAAUUCGUUUUCGUAGGAGCUGGAAGCAUCGGAACCACCGAGAUCCUGCUCCGCAGCAGACAGAUGGGCUUGGACUUGAGCGAUGACGUCGGCACUGAGAUGAGCGGCAACGGGGAUAUGUUGGGCUUUGGGCAAGUUCAUCGCUGCGCUUUUCAUGGACACAGAGCUGAGACGCUUAACAGGUACAAUACCGACUAUGAAGCUAACUGCAUAGCUCGUCCUGAACCUACGCCUGAGCGACCCGUAGGACCAUGCAUAACUUCAGUCCUGGAUCUGAGGGAUCAGGUAAACGUUCUGGAUGGGUUCGUGGUAGAAGACUGUGCAGUACCAUACGCUCUUGCCCCACUCAUGUUCAGCAUGUUGGAAUACUUGCCAGAUAUGAGACGUCCCAAGUACAGUCCUGUUGAGAGUGUAGAGAAGUUUGUCGCACGACUGAAAGGCAAGCUUGGGCCAUACGUACCCGAGGGAAGUGUGCAGAAGACUGCCGUAUAUUUGAUCAUGUCGCAUGACAGUAGCCAAGGCAGACUAUCACUCCAGAAAGACAAGCCAGUGCUAACAUACUCGGGUGUGGGCCGAUCUAAAUCUGUAUCUCGCAUCCACGGUAUCCUCGAGAGAAUGACAGCUGCUGUCGGUGGAAAUUUUAUAGCCAACCCAGUCUGGAGUACUUUGGGUAGGCAGGAGAUCACAGUGCAUCCCAUAGGUGGAGCGCGCAUCAGCAAAGACAACACUGGGAACAAUGGAGUGGUCAAUCACCUUGGGGAAGUAUUGAAGGGAAACAGCAGCGAAACGUAUGAAGGACUGGUCGUAUGCGACAGCUCUGCGCUGCCAGCAGCUGUUGGCGUCAAUCCUUUUGCGACCAUUACAGCCUUUGCUGAGAGAUCAGUUGAGAUGGUAGCCCGGAGGCGAAAUAUAGCUAUCGACUAUAACACGAAGAACGGUCAAUUGGACAUGUUCGGUACUCCGGCAUAUCGUUCUCCUCAAGAUGCAGAAACCGCGCAACUUGCAUACAGGCUUGCGAAAGCCACUGAAAAUCAAAACACCGGUGUCGUGUUCUCGGAGAUCAUGUCUGGCUUCAUAUACACUGGUCAUGACGUUAAAGACUUUGAGGUCGCGACGAAGCUUGCUCGAGGUCGCUGCGAGAAUGCACGAUUCUUCCUGAGCGUCAAAGCAUGGAGUGCUGAGGAGCUGGUAAAGAGCAGCCAACAUUUGGCAAACUUGACGGGAACAUUUACUUGCAACACGCUUGGAGGUGUCUUCUUGGUUCACAGAGGCACCUUCCAACUGUUCAACUACGAUGCCCGGCAACCAGACACAGCGAACCUGACCUAUAACUUUGACAUGAUAUCGACCAGUGGGAGAAAACUGCAUUUUAACGGCUACAAAGUCGUGAACAGUGCAUCCUUCCUCAACCCACUUGAGCUGUGGAGACAGACCAGCACGCUGUAUGUCACCAUCACAGAUGCGAGCAAUAUAGUAGUAGGCCGCGGUAUGCUGCGCAUUCUGCCAGACGAUUUCGGUUACGAACUGAAAACCUUCGAAACAAGUGGGCCAUCGCUGUGGACAAGGGCCAAAUCGGCAGCGAGCUUUCUCGCCUACUUUGCGAAACAGCUUUCCGUGCCAUUUCUUUCGGCACUUGGGCAACUUCAGUGGCCAGACACAACGCUGAACUACGCUUCUAAAGAAGUAACUCCAUCCUCUACCAUUCCAUUGACAGCAUCUGACGGAGUCACCACAAACAUGGUGAUGUGGAAUCCCACCUUCCAAGGAAAGGAUAUUCUGGGCCCUGCCCCAACCUUACUCUUUAUACCAGGAGCAGCAGUUGACCACAAGAUGUUCGCUCUUCCUACCAUAGAGAGGAAUGCAGUCGAGUACUUCCGCGAGUCCGGAUAUCGUAUCUACUGCAUCACUCAUAGAGUCGGACGAGCUCCGAUCGCUCGAGAAGGGUACACACCGUAUGAUGCACGGCGCGAUAUACACGCUGCUCUUGUCCACAUCCGCAAGGUUAUCAGCACAAUGAGUCCGUCCGAGCCUCCAAAGGUCUACGUGGUGGCCCACUGCGCAGGCUCCCUAGCACUGUCUUGCGGCCUACUGGAUGGCACAAUCCCUAGUGACUGGAUUCAGGGAAUCACCGCAUCAAUGGUUUUCAUGAACCCGAAGUUUGGAAAGGUUGAUAGUCUCCUGUCCAAUUUUCCCACAUCCCUAUAUGCCCGACUGGUCAGUCCGUACUGGGAUUGCAACAGUAGCCGCAACGACAAUUAUAUCCAGUCACUGUUGAACCAGGCGUUGCGCUUUUACCCUCAGGGGGAGGCCGGGGAGUCGUGCCGAUCGGUCGUCUGCCAUCGAAGCGAACUUGUAUUUGGCCGUCUUUGGACCCAUAAAAACCUCAACGACGCCACGCACACUCAACUCGAACGCUUCCUCGGCGGCACCUCAAUGCGUUCCCUUCAAUGGCUCAUGGAGAGCGGCCGGAAGGAGAGCGUUCUAGCCAACGGGCCAGCUUUCACCAAUCUCGUCACGCCGGAAAACCUCGAACGUUUGAAGGGAAUUCCGAUCUUGUUCCUAUCAGGAACUGGAAACAUGGUGUUUACUGCCGAGAACACGGAUAUCUCGUACACGACACUCUGUAAUGUGCACGGAAGGGAUUGGUACGAGCGGGAAGUCUUCACGGGCAAGGGACAUUUGGAUGCCUGGAUGGGCGCGACAGCCUAUCAAGACGUUUAUCCGAGGGUGAGACGCCAUGUUGAUCAGAUCAUGAUGUGGGAACAGGGCCCGGCUGGAAAGAUGAACAGGGAGGAUAUGGUGUAGGGAGAUGAGUGGAACCAGAAUGUCUAUCUAUGUGCUGUUUGGUUUGCGUUGUACGUAAUCCGGUCCUAU